AUUACCUUCUUCUCUUCAUUCUUUCUUUCCUCUUACGACGGUUACUUCCAUUAUCCUCUUUCUUUCUCUAACCAACCAAUAUGGAAUCAGAUAAGCGCUAUGAUUCAACUUCUUCUUCUCUUUCCUUCUCUCCUACUUCAUCAUCUUCUUCAUCCUCUUCCUGUGCUUCGGAGGAUCGUUCGGUUAAGACAGAGGAAAUUGAGGCGGCGGAGACUCUAGCUUACUUGGCGCGACUAGCAAUGCGCCAAACAACUCACUCACCCGAUUCACUCAUUCCUCACUCGGAUCCUCCUCAACAUCUGCAGGGCCAAGCUGUUUCAGGUCAGCAGCUAGAUGGGAAAAUAUAUAGUACUACAUCAGUAGAAACAGAAAGGACUCAGGAGAGUGACUGCUUAAGAAACAUGAAGGUGGAGCAGAAUGCUGAUUUACCUAAGACUACUCACUGCAAUAAGUCAAGACGUAAUUUAACCGAGGAAGAAAAAGAAGCACGGAGGAUACGAAGGGUAUUGGCAAAUAGAGAGUCCGCUAGGCAGACAAUUCGCCGCAGGCAGGCUCUGACUGAGGAGUUAAACAGAAAAGCUGCAACCUUAGUGAUGGAAAAUGAAAACCUGAAGAGGAAGAAGGAGUUGGCUUUGAAAGAGUAUCAGUCUUUAGAGACUACAAAUAAGCUCUUAAAAGCACAAGUAACUAAGUCAAUAAACACAAAAAUGGAAAAAGCUCCUGUUGAGCAGGAGUUAUCUGUGGCUGAGGCAGCACCUAUGCAUGGUAAUAGUCCAUGGUUUAUUUAUAACCAUUUUCCGGUUAGACAGUUAUUUUGGCCUGCCAUUUUUCAGUCUUCUAAACAAGUUCAAUUACAACAUACACCAUUUAAUUCCAUUGCCAUUCCAUCACAUGUAUAUGUAUCAUGUCCUGCUGAGUCUGAAUCUCCUCACAAGCAAAAUAACCUUGUAAAUGACAAUCAAACACAAAAUCCAUUGUACAUGUUUCCAUGUCCUUGGUUAUACCCUCCACCAGAAAUUGGAAAUGGACAACCACCACCUUCUAGUGGCCUAGAAGAUAAACAAGAUAAUCUUCCUCUAGGUGAACAAUGCAGUACUAGUUUAUCCUUAAAUAGAGUGGAAAAUGUGGAUUAUCAUGCAACUCUACCUAUCAAACUGAAAACAGAAGCUUCUGACUGGACAGAAUCCAGAUCUAGUAAUGACCCUGACCAUGCCACUCCAAAUUUUUCUUUGGAUGGAGGUGAGCAGAAAACAAGAUGUCAAAUAGAAAUGUUCCAUGGACCUGCAGUUGAUUGUAAUGGACAUGCUCAUGUAGUCAAGCAAGAACCUGAGCUUCAAUUACAUUCCGCUUCCGAUACCAACAUAUCUUCAACAGCUUCUCAUAUCAAACCUUAUUCACUGGAAAAGAAACAAGAACAGUUCAUAUGCACAGGUAAAAAUCUAGUGGAUGCAGUUGCUGCAGCAGAGGCACGAAAGAGGAGAAAGGAGCUGACAAAACUAAAAAGCAAUCAAAGCCGCCAGUCCCGGAUGGAGUGUUGAUUUCUCUGUAAACUUGAUUUGAUGUUCAAAAGGAACAAAUGUUCACCAGCUUUUGCACCUGCUUAUGGUUUGACAAAAAAAGAAGUUUUCCGAAAUUGAGGAGAGUACGGGUUAACUUAAUUAAUCCACACUGAGGGCCUUGGAAGGGAAUUGAAUUCUAUCAAUGAUAGCUUUAAAGUUUAGUUUUUCUCUGAUCAUCUUGCUUGUUUCUUUUUUAUUUACUUCAUUUUACUGGGAUUUUUUCCCCUCCGAUAGAAUUUAGUUUCUUUAAGUGGUCAAGCUGAACAAUUUUCCUAUUAGCAGUUAUUUUUAUCCAGAUUCUUCAACUUUCAAGGAUGUCUAUGAGCAGCUUAAUCCCAUAAAAUGGUUCAAAAUAUGUCAUAACAUUGUAUAUUUUAUACUACUUUUUACUGUUACUUAUUGUAAAUAUUGUAUAAUUAUUAUUAUAGAUUUUAUUCAGUUUUAUUUAACCUGUUAA